AUGACUGACUUGGGAGGAAUGAAAUACUUCCUGGGAAUUGAGGUGCUGCAGCUUGAUAAUGGGAGUUUUAUUUGUCAAAGAAAGUAUGUGAAAGAGUUGCUAACAAAAUUCAGAAUGGAGGAAAGCAACUCUGUCUUAAAUCCUAUUGUCCCAGGGUCUAAAAUUCACAAAGAUGAAGAAGGUGUGAAGGUAAAUAUCACACUCUAUAAGCAGCUUGUGGGAAGCAUGAUGUACGUGACAGCCACUCGGCCAGAUGUAAUGUAUGCUAUUAGUCUGAUUAGCAGAUACAUGUUUAUGCCAACUGAACUUCACUUUGCAGCGGCCAAAAGAAUUUUAAGGUAUUUGAAAGGGACCAUUGAAUAUGGGCUCUUUUAUAGGCGAGGGGGAAAUAGAGAGCUAGUUGGAUUCACUGAUAGUGAUUACGCUGGAUGUGUGGAGGAUAGGAAAAGUACAUCAGGGUAUACCUUCAUUCUCAGUGAUGCAACAGUGGCAUGGUCCUCCAAGAAACAACCAAUUGUUACUCUAAGUACAACUGAAGCAAAAUUUGUGGCGGCAGCAACUUGCUCUUGUCAAUUAAUAUGGAUGAAAAGAGUGUUGGGAAAAAUUAGCUACGAAGGAAGCAAAAAGCCUGUUAUUUUCUGUGAUAACAACUCAACAAUCAAGCUAUCAAAAAAUCCAAUAAUGCACGGCAAAAGCAAACACAUCGAUGUAAGGUUCCUCUGUUAG